AUGCAAAGACCAAUCACGAAUGCGCCGCUCCUCAUUCCCACCACUUUGUACUGUGAGUCUCACUAGCAGAUCGCGCCACGAGCCGCAAGUACUGCAUCUUGAUCAAGUCGAGCGAGCAAGCUUUGGCAGAUGUCAUCAAGCUGUACGAUCACCCAGACCUUUGUCCAUCCUGCUUCCGACCGUCGUGCGACAUUCAUGGAGCGCGGUGGUGCCGUCUCAAGAUGGCGAGCUUCAAGGAUCUGAAGCAAAGGCGGGCGCUGAACCGACCAAUGUUGUACUCGAACAACGCCCGUGCUCUGUCCAAAUCAGGUGAAGCAAGCAAGUCUGCAGUCGACGAGAAGAAUGCGGAUGAAAGUACGCCCGAUAGCACGCCUCCGUCUGGCGGCGGAACCACGCAGUACCAAGUCAUGGCCGAGGGGUCCAGUGCUGCGCAACCUGACAAUAAUCACAGGUCAGUCAGGAACAAGGUCUGUGAUGAAUUCCUGCCCGGAAACAUUACUUCAUCCAUACGGAGAGCGUCGUCGACAGGUCUUAGCUCACUUGAACCGAGCGAUAAUCUUCCGUACCGCCUGGAGGAGAAUGAAGCCUUGGAAGUGCGAAAGACCAAAUCUGCAGGCCGAGGCAUUUUUUGGGCGCCCAAAGGCGAUGAAGUUUGCAGAAAAGGUGAAGCAUUUACAUGGCUUGUCCAAUGUCGUCCAUUUCUUGGCGAAUCCCGGACGCUGAGCAACGGUUCUUUCGCGCGCAGGUACAACACUGCUCCGUCUUAGGCCGCACAUUUCUGUGCUUGGGCAGGAAGAGGUUGAGUCGCAUUGUCAUGUAUGCUUCGAGCCCCAAAGACAUCCCUCGCGCUUUCAAAGGUGCUCAGCCUGUCGGUAUGUUCGAUACUGUAGCGUAAAUUGUCAGAAAACAGACUGGGCGAUUCACAAGACGGAAUGCAAAGCUCUUCAAGCUUGGCAAGCCCACGCGGACGCAAGAGAUCCAAGACCGGACUGCCAUACUCGGACUCUGGCCAGGCUGAUAUGGAAAAGACUCACGAAAGGCGAGAAGUGGUGGACUCAGCUUGACUCCAUGCAAUCGAGUGAGUCAGCAUUUCGGUACGCAGGCUCCGUCUCUGCAAUGGUCGCGCUGCUGACCUGAUGUGCCGUAGAUCGUGCUCAAAAGGCCUCAGAGCAGAUGCAGUCCAUUGCCGGGCAGGUUUUCAGGUUGUGUCGGUACAUAGGGAUUGGGACGUUUUCAACAGCCGACAAAGAGGAAAUCCAUGAGGAAGAAGCGAAUCGACAAAGGCUCGCUGAUCUAGGAUUCGACAGCGUACAGCAGCUGCUCGACUUUGUCUGCAAGGUGAGGGCACAGUUGCUUCUGAUAUAGAUACUCACCUACUCUUCAGUCUUUCUGACUCGGCACCCGCUCGUAUCCAGUUCGAGACCAACUCGUUCACGGCGUCUUCCUCAGAUCUCAGUCCCUGUGGGCUUGCUGUCUGCCCCACGGCCGCACUGAUCAAUCACUCGUGUCUUCCAAACGCUGUCGUCGUAUUUCCGUUUGGCCCGGGAGAUAGUGGGCACACGGCUGGGCCUAUGCGCGUCGUGGCCAUCAAGGAUGUAGAGCCCGGACAAGAGGUGAAUCCCCUUCCAAAAGGGCUCCUGUAGCAAUUGCUUUGUGGCUCAUGACACGUCCAACAUUCUCAGAUCACAACGGCCUACGUCGACCUGUCAGACUCGUACAGCAAGCGACGGAAUACGCUUUCUUGCACGUACAGCUUUGAGUGUAGGUGCAAGAUCUGCAAAGCUGGUUCAAAAGCAUCAAGUCUGUCCAGCAACGCACCAUGGGUAGAUCCCAGAGACUCGGUCUGGUGUCCAAAGAAGUGCGGUGGAUGGUGUGCCGCGCCAAAAGGUGAGUACUUUAGCUGCCUACCUUCAUUUGAUGCUGCUGCUGACUCUGGGACCCCCCUCGAGUAGAAGAAGGGACCGGCACAUCGACGAUCCGAUGUCCGGCCUGUGGUGCAUCCUCAACCAUCGAUCCGAAGACCUUGCGAACGACUGUCGAGUCUGCUCAGAGCAAAAUGAAAGAGGCGAAAGAGGCAAUCAGUGCUCUUGAGGGUGAGUCUCUUCUCUACUGCUUUGACACCCAAUGAGGACAAAGGAUGCAACCUGUGCUGACGCUCGCUGGCAUCUCGUAGUCGACAAGACCAUCACAUGCCUACGGGAUGCUGUAGGACUUCUGAUUGUGCAGAUGCCUCCUUCGGCGUAUCCGCUCCUCUCGAUGUUGCGCACAACGUGCGAGAUGUUUACGAGCAUGGCUGCUCGCAUUGACGUUCUUGAGAUGCCGAAGAGCCUCGUUCGUGCCCAGAGCAUGACGACAACCUUGGCGGACCAUUACCUGGUGGAAGCGACACGGCUGGCGAUGCUCGUCUGCACAGGCAUGACGGUAUCGAAUGGCAUCAUUUUUGCCGAAGGUCAUCCCACUCGAGCCAUCGCGCUCUUGACGCUAGGCAAAUUGCUCAUCUCUGACGCUGUAGCCGCCUACGAUGAGAACGAAGCGGUGGACAAAUCCAUUUUGCCCAACCCUCCAAAGCUUCCAGCUGUAGGCAUGCCGCGUAUUCUGAUGGGCCGCAACUUUUUGCUGCAGGCGCUCGAAGAGCUCAAGAUUGGAUUUGGCAAGGAGAAGGGCACGAGCGGAGGAGACGCAGCAAAACACGCCGAGAAAAUUCUGCACAAUCUCGACGCUGAAAUGCGGAUAUUCCAGCAGUCAGGCAUGCCUGCAUAG